GGUCUGUAUCAGCAUGGCAUGUUCUGGGAGGCGACAAUCAAGCAAAAAAAGAAUAAGCAAACCUUCAUUGGUCGAAAAUACUGAGUCAGCAGCUCUCAACCAAUCAUAGUGAAUGUGAUUACCAGCUCUCAGGUCCUCAGCUGUGAAGCUUUAGUUGAAGUGGGUCAAGCUUGUUGAAAGCCAUCAAGUACAAAUAUGACCAAGAGCCGCUUCAAAGAUCCAGUAUCUCAAACAAGCAUCUCACAAUCCAAUCACUUCUUUUCACAUCAUCACAAAUCUCACCACUCUUCACAACAGCUCAAUAACACUUCAAAACCUCAAAAUGGUCGUCAACACUCCCGCUACCUGCUGCCGCUCCGGCGACAACGUCGAGUGCGCCUGUGCUCAAAAGGCCACAUGCUCAUGCGGUCAAAAGUCCGCUCUCCAAUGCACAUGCUCCAAAGCCGCCUCCGAAAACACCGUCAACGGUCCUCGAUGCUCAUGCCGCGCUCGUCCCGCCGGUGAAUGCACAUGCGAUCGCGCCUCUACCGAGAACGCUACACCUACUGGUUCAACUUGCGCUUGCGGAUCUCGUCCUGCUGGUGGCUGCACUUGCGAGAAGGCUGCUGACGGUGGCUUUAACCCUGCCAACGAGAUCGAUUUCACUACCAAGAAAUAAAUUUAUUAUUUGGGCGACGAUGCGUACGACUUAAUGGGGUAGAAAGUAAAAUAUUGCAUUAUUGAAUGGCGUUGGGGAAUGGUUACGGUACUGGUUGGGUGGCGAGGGGAUAGAUACCUGAGACACGGAUACAGAAAUGAACAAUACUCAUGAUAUUUAGUCAAUGAGCAAUAACUUGCAAUUGUGUGAUACAAACGGAUAUUCUGAGGCUGUACUACGAUAUGUUCGCGAGUGGGACGAAAUGGGAUGUUUUGGCCGCUAAGCAAACGCGUCAAGGGGAUGUUUAAUUGUUCAUUCUGAGAAGGCGUAGUCUACACUACUUUGUCAGAUGUCAAUUGUGCCAUUCACAAGAUCAGACGACAAUGAGGUUGCAACAUAUAAUUGACCUGCUAUUGCAGCGUCUGUGCUCAAAGGAUGGAACGUUCAU